CCAGAGGACGAAGUUGUUUUACCGGCAUGAUGUUGUAGCUGAAACGAACCAUUAUUUACUUUAACUAACGACAUGUGGGUCGCCAGGCGAUUUUUGUCAUCGGUCGCUCAGAGAAGACAUUAUGCAGGACAGUUUGGUUUAUUCCGUAGCCCUAAGCACGGCUCCCUCCCCGAGCUGGAGCUGCGGUAUCUCCAGUGCACAUGCUGCUGGAGAAGCCGGGUUCCCGUGGCCGGCUUUGAGACACUGAACGCCACCCUGUCCUCAGCUUCCGAGCCCUGCAAGGAUAACACCAGCAGAACUUUGGACGCCUGUUACACCUCCGAGCAACGAGACGCAAUCCUCCAGCUGCUCAACACCGCAACACCGUCAGAGCUGGCCGCCGUCAAGCUCCUCAGAGGCCGCAAAUCGCUCAACAUUGUGGACUACAGGACUAAAAACGGACCCUUUAAAAAUCUGGAAAGCGUGGUGAAUGUACCGCUACUUAAGCACAAAAGUGCUGUCAUAGUCUUCGACUCCAUCCUCAACCCGGUUAAGAAGGAGAGGAAAGUGAGGAUACAGCUGGCCAAGUUUAUCAGGCCAGAGGUAGACAGGUCCUGGUUGGAGGAUGCCAAUACCAUAGUGUCAAUAAUAUGUGGGACUAAUAAAAUCGCCUGGGCACAUGUGGAACGUGGGAUGACCGUACUGGAUUGGCAACAGCUGGAAUGUCCUAACUUCUUGAAGGGAACAUAUAUGGCUUCUUCUUACUUAAAUGAUGUUUCUGCGGCCGUGUCACUACUCCCUUCUGCUGACUUCUACAUUAUAGAGAAAUCCUCAAUCUCAGUCCAGAAUACUGCUCUGUUCCCUGUUAUGGCACACAUGAGGACGGUGGAGGCAAUGCUUUUUGCUCUGCUGGAGCCCAAAAACUCAGCACCAGAGUCCAAUAUUCCUCCCAGAGUUUUGAACAUGAUGCGAACUGCUGUGGGACGCCAUUUUGGACUAAUGGUGGGGGAAUGUCGGACCAGCGGGGCAAAGACAGUGCGACAGCUGAUGACUGAGUCGGUGACACAGAAGCUUCCCAGGAUAAACUUUCCCCAAGAUCUGCUGUUCAAGUACAGGAACUCCUUCCAGAUGGGGAACAGAAGAGGAGGAGAGGAACUCUGUGAUGCUCUACUUCAGGCUGUAGCUUUUUACGAGCUGCUCAGUGAAUCUUACAGUUAGCAGCCACCUGGACCGAUCUCAUGCACCGACCAUGCACCACAUCCAAUAAAACAGACCUCUUAAGUGGCAAGCUGAGCCCAUUUGAAUCCCUGAACAGAUUUAAUAUACUUAAGGUUACGUUAAACACUAUGGUGCUUUGUUAUUUCUACUGCUGAUGUUUGAUUUGGACAUUUCCACAAACUAACUGCUGUCUGCCAUCUUCUGCUGUCUGAGGAUUUUCAUUCAAGUUGAUUAGUGUUACACUUUAUGCAAUAACUUUUUACAAA